CCAAGUCCCUUUUUCGGCCAAAUCGAUAUUCUUGGAGGAAUGAGAUGCUGACGGCAGCGGCAAAAAACGGCGCAUUCCAGCGUCCCAAGAAGCUCCUCUUGCCCGAUGCCGCGGAAUCGGCGGGCCCGAUUCCGCUGGUGGCCUUCCCGAAGCUUUUUCCUGGUCAUCUGGUCUACAGAAAAAAAUAAAAAAGCUCAGCAUGAUGGUACAGCGUGCAAGCGGGCGUUUUCAGGAGCACGGCAUGAACGGAGCGGAUUUCGUGUUUGGUGUACAAGAAUAUUGGUUGGAUGUCGCCAAGCAGCGAGAUACCUAUGUCGCGGUCUGAGCAUUUUGUCGUCGUGUGUGCGUCUCGGUGCCGGAGUUUUUUUCUUUUCUUUUUCCUUGGUUUUUCAUGUCUGCAGCUGUGUGGGACACGAAAAGCGACCAUGAUCAAUUUAUUCUUUGUUGAAUGACUCGCCGCCGGGGCCCCAGGUUUCGGCUGACGUCGGC